AUGCUGAUUCAGGUAAGAUCAGCAGGAGGAUUGAAAGAACUGCAAGCAAAGCUCAAUGAAGUAACAAAUUUGAGAGCCAGAAUAAAGGAGAUCCUAGCCGAUAUUGAGCGAACUCUCGGCAAUGAAAGUAGAAGUGAUGCAGAGCUUCGUCAAAGGCUGGGAGUAAAUUGCCACCGAAUCGCUAGCAAUGGGCUUACUGAGCCAUUCCUAAAGGAGAUGGCAAAAGCACGCACUGCGCUGACUUCCACUUUAGAAGAGGAUAAAAUAUCAAAGAAAAAAUUUGGCGAAAAUUGGCAAUCCAUCGAGACCCUGAGCAAGCCCGAGAAAGAGCUGUAUGCGCUUUUUCCACCUCGGCCAAAUCGAUUGGGAGAUAAAACGCCGGAGGCAAUGAGUUUUCUAUUGAAAUUGCUGGAUAAAGCUCAAGAGAUCAAAUGCGAAAGGGUUGAGCUUCUGAAGGAAAUUAAUGCUAAACGCACUUCAACACCUGUGGAUGAUAUGAUACCUAUAAUCAGUCAGUCUAAAUUUUGUAGUGAUGAUACCAUUAUCAAAGAAAAAUUAAAAGAGAUUUGCGAUCCGAUCAAAGAAGAAGUGGAUAAAAGUCUGAAAAAACAAACUACGCUUAUGAAUGAUGUAGAGGUAAUCCUUUUCAGGAAAACUCUUAGAGAAUUUUUCUGAGA